AGGCGAGUGAAGAGAGCACACAGUUUCCCACCGAGGACGAGAUUGUUGCUGCACAAAUGGAUAAAGGCUUCGUCAAAUUCAUUUUUCACCGUAUUAACUUAUCAAUCUUUAAUGAUUUCCUUUAUCUUUCUGUGUGUCUUCAUGAACCUGAAGUGUACCUUUAACACCAAGGAGUCCCUUGGACUGCUGGUGCAGGAGGAGCGUCUUCAGGUCCCCGGUGUCGGGGAUGAAGCCUCCACAUGCCUCCAGGACAGAGGGCUCCGCCGAGAUCAUGGUACCAAGCUGAGGUACAGAGGCAGGAAAUGGAAACAAUGAAUGAGUUAAGAGUAUAGUUUUCUUUUUACCUCUUAGGUUGGAUCACGUGUUAUAUAUACAUACCUGGGAGAGAUUGGGUACAGGAAGAACUUGCUCCAGCUUGCACACCAGACCUGCGGUAAGGGCCUGCAGUGCCGUGUCAAACUUUGUGCCGUACUGAACAGGGAACACAUCCUGCAGGGAGAGAAAUGUGUUGGAGUUUCACGUCUCUGUGACUGAAACCGUGAGAAAAUGAGAUAGAGGAAUUGAAUGUGCUUUAUCUCCACAUGCUCUGUGUUUCACAUCCUAAUGAGCUGCAAGCGUGUACUUCAAACAGGAAAAUGGCAACCAGCAACCACAUUAAGACAGAUGUGGAAAAAUAAAAUAAAUGCACACCAUCUGGAAUAAAAGACAAAGUAAUAAUGAUAAUAAAAGAUGCCGAUACCUGGAAGAAGCGCUUCCUUUCAGCUGGGUUUUUAAGCAGAUUCUGGACCAGCACCAUGAAGUUUGUUUGAGAUUUCUCCACUUCUGCAUCCUUCUGUAACACAGCAAAUACUGUGUUAAUACUUAAUUCACACAUUAGGAUUGUAGAGUCUAGUGUGUUGAACAGAAUUAAAUGCAAGCCGUAUAUAAAAAAAAGUUCUCCUUCUUACCCCUAAAGAUGAAGAGACCUUCAACUUAUUUAUGAGGGUUUGAAUAGCCCUGGAAUCUGGUGGUCCAUCUUUGUGAAGCAGAUCCAAAAUGAUCUACAGUAGAAAACACAAGUUAUGAAUCUGCGGCAUAUCUGCUGUAAACACAAACAAUAAGUCAGCUGUUUUGAUGCUAAAAAAAACAAAUCUCACCCUGGCUCGCAGCCCCAGGAUGAGCUGGGCAGUCUGCUUGAAGGUGAUGAGAUCGGGAACAGUCUGCGUCACCAUGGUCACAAACUCCUCCACUUUGCCGUACUGCUUGACGUUCCUCUGCCGUAUGACCUGCCAGAUGUACGAGUACGUCAGCUGCAGAGGGGACGCCAUGAGGCGGAGGGAGGACAGGGGAAGGGAACCUCCACCACCUGUGUGGAACAUAACACAAAGGUACACGAUGAGAACAACACAAGCUGUGAAGGGGAUGAGAGCCAGAAGCAAGGGAGUUCUCUUGGACCAGCUGUACUCGCGACCCUCCUCCCGACCCCCUGGAAGACGGAAAUAUGAUUGGAAAUUUCGCAGACUACAGUUACACUGUAGAAAUCUGAUGGUGGGUUCGCCAAGUAGAGACAAUUCUGACGGUUCGAUCACUCACAAAUACUGACUUUUCUUCCAUUGUGAGAUAAUAAGAACAUACUAAGCAUGCUUUCACACGUACUAGCUGCAUGAGACUUUUAAUGAUUACAUAAUUCCUUAAAUUAUCUGAAUUGACUGUGUUCAAGCUUACAUAUUUGGUUCCUAUCCCCAGCUGUGUGUCCUUGACCCUGAAUCAAUAUCUGCCCACUAAUAGGCCACUAAGCUGCUUUAGCCAUUAAAUAUUUAAAAUGCAAAUGCUAAUGAAUGGUUGUACCUGGUGUUUGUUGUGGAUUAAGGCACGGUGGCGGCUUGCACGAGAAGCCGGAUGUUCCUUGAGAGGCGGCAUGUAAGACGUCUUUGAUGUAGUCAAAGUAAAGACCAGAUAUUAAGCUCCCUUCCUGAUAGUGACACUGGAAGACUUGCAUCGCUGUUUCCUGGGGAAUCAGACAACAAGCAGUCCUGAAAUAUAUCUCAAAUGUGCAAUUACAUGCGCAGAACGGUCCCCGAAGGACCAACAUAUUACGCACUCCUCCCCAAAACUGAGCUGCAGUGCCUAUUUGCACAAUCCAUCAGGAUUUACUUACCAGUUCCUCAUGGUCAAAGGUGAAGCGUAGACUCUUCAGCAUUGCAAUGAAGACAAUUAUGUUUUCUCUGUUGGAAGAGAUGGCACCAAACAUGCCAGCCAGCUUCCGAAGACUUUGCUCCAAAGGAUAGAUAUUCAACACCACCCAGCACGUGCCAGCCUGAAGAUGUAGGUACCAAAGAAAUUAGCGUUCUUUUGUUCAAAGUUAUAUCAUCUGUUUGACAUUAUUUCUGCUUUCACAUCUUCAUACGCACCACUUCUUUGGGAAUGUAACUAACAGGAAUCACAUAAUCGGAGGGGAUAUUCUGCUUCUACGACGGAGAUCAAGACAGAAAAAGGAUUCAUUGGGAUAAUCUUUUAGCAUACGGACACACAGAUCAUGUGACAAACGUAUGAAUGUGAUACAUGAAUUCGAUAUGUAUGAGGCCUGUAGCAAUUCAGUAAACUCACCAAUAAUGACAGCUUGCUUACAUCGUCGGUUAUCGGCGUCCCAAAUUUUCCGGAGCAGAGAUUCAAACUUGUGAACAGACUCAAGAGGAGACAAGGUGCUUUCAAGAUCUAAAAGAAAAUCAGGUGACAGUAUAUUUAUACAGGGUAGUUCAUUGAAAGUAGGGUUUUAAGUUCUGUAUCUAAUUUGACUGAGGAUGCUUUUCUUCGUCUGAUUUUGUUGUUAAACAUGCAAACAAUUUUUGUGAAGCAUAUCAAGUCUCUGACAAUCAAUCAUAAUAGCCCCUUCUUUAGGGCUUGUUAAAUUAGUCUACACAUGCAUUGUGCAUGCUGAAAUGAAAUGCUAAAUAUUAUAUAUGUUAAAAACUGAGCAUUAUGUAUUUCUCAGAGGAUCUAAUGUAAUGUAGUACUUUUAUUACACAGGUGACUUUCAUUCAAAAGUACAACUACUCCUUAGUUUCAUAUUGAAUCAACCAUCGGUCGAUUAAUUGAUAAGUAAAAAAAAAAAAAAAACAUUUUCCGAUACUGAAUUGUGAACCUUUGUAACGAUUAAUCAAGAAAAUAUUCAGCAGAUAAAUUGAAAAAUGAAUUAAUUGCAGCCCUAAUCCAAAAUACAAACUCAUUUUACCCCUUUUAUCAUAAUCAAAAGAACCACUUCAGCACCAUUACAGUAGAGGUAGAAAUGCACAGAAUAAAAAGUAAUGUUUAUCUGACAGCCGUUGUGUUUCUUUGCAACUUUAAAGACUAAAAUGCAAAACAUGCAAUGAGCUCAAAUCUGAGGAAUCUGGCUUCAAAGUUGCCAGGACGACAGGCAGGAUUGUGGUUGGCUUCAAAGGGAUUCUCAGUCUCGUAAAAUAUUAUCUCACAGCAGGAUGAAGAUACUAUGCAGUUGGACUUCUGGGAGCACGCAUGCUAUCCUCUCUAUUUAAACAUACUGAGUGAAAGCAAACUGUGUCCAUGUGUCAUUUCACUUAAUGUACCCUUUUUAAAAGCCUAGAUGCAUUAAAAUACCUCUUAAUGAAACUGUUAAAGUGUAUACUUAUACUGAAAAGUGGAUGAUUUUCAGAAAUCAAAUAGGCAGCAUUUCAUUUAACCAUUAAAAACUAGAGUGGAAAGACAGCGAGAUUCUUUGUAAUUCUUUCUGAUAUCACCCUUACUCCAAAGACAAAUAUUCAUUCAGCUAUUUAAAAAGCACAAUGUGGGAAGUGGGAAUUAAGCCAUGUGAUAUAGCUGCAUCAGAAUAUUAGUCUAUUCAAUUUUACAACACACAAUUAGUGUAAAAAAACAGAAAGAAAGGAAAUUCUACUACUUACUUUCUUCCUCAUAUGGAGCAAAAAUCCGUGGUUGCUCAAAUCCGGUGCGUUAAAUGCAGUGUUUUCAGUUCAGAGACAGAGCUCAUUGUGUGCAUGAUGUCCGAGCGUGUAGUGAAACUUGACGAUGGGGCUGGUCGGUCUGCUUCCAACCCCGGACAGAUUGGUGAAGUCUAUUGACGCGGUGGAGAGGCCGCCUACAGGCUGAGUCACUGUGUCACACAUUGACGCUGUCUGAGACUUUUUCCACAAACUCCCACGUAUCAAUUUGUUCGUCAGGAGAAAGUGGGCGCUUGUUCUCUUGAGGGAUUAUUUCGCUUAGAAUAUGUCAAGGCUAUUCCUAAAGCUGUUGUUUAGAAAGUGAAAAUCAAUAAUAUAUAAUAAGAGGUUUUGCUCAUGUAGGACAAUAUGAGGGUAGCUGAUUUUCAGCCAUCAUUUUUGCUUCAUUUUUGUUUUGACAUGCAAUGCUCUGCAAGUGAAGCGUAGGCUGGUGGUGUCUCAUGUUCAAGUGUGCAAAAUGACCUAAUGUGAAAGAAGUCACAGUGUAUAUCAUUAAGAGAAAGGAGAACUCUGUACACCCGAGUUAGAAAACGCAACAGGCACUCUGAGCCGAGUCAUGUCACAUGUGGAGCAGGUCACAUCUAAAUAUAACCCAGAUGAGCUUUAUGAACCCCACGAAAAACAAAAACACACGGACUGCGAGCUGGGGUGCUCAAGGGCGCACUUUCAGAUCGUCAGAAAGGAACCAAACAGUGACAACUUCAUGAAGAUAAUGGCAGCCAUUCACAAAGGUGACGUGUAUGCGCUGCGGGAGCUGUCAGGUUGUGCGUCUGCCUUCAGAGAGAGCGACAGCAGCGGCCAGCUGCCUCUGCACGCUGCAGCUGUGCAGCCGCAGCCAAAGGUCCUGCAUGUGGUGCUGCAGGCAGUGUUGACGUCCACAGACGUGACCCUGGAGGAGCGGACAGAGGGUGGGGACACAUCUGUGACUCUGGCAGCAGAGGCCGGCCAGGUGGAGAACGUCAGGAUGCUGCUGCAGCACGGAGCUUCACCACACAACACCAACAGCAGAAAUGAGUCUCCUCUGCUGAUUGCAGUGAGACAGAGAUCGUACGACAUGAUUGCAACGCUCGUCAUGGGCGGGGCCUUUGUGGAGCAGGUGUGUCUCACCAAGUGGACGGCCACCCAUGAAGCUGCGAAGGUGGGUUGUCCAGCUAUUCUGAUGCUGCUGCUUCGACACGGAGCCAAAGUAACUGCCAGAGACGGGCAUGGGGUGACUCCUCUGGGGAUCGCAGCUGAAUAUGGCAACUCUGAAGUUUUGGAUGUACUGAUACAGCAAGGUGGUGACGUUAACGCCCAGGCCAGCAAUGGAGACACAGUGCUGUAUGAUGCUUCUGGAUCUGGAAACCUGGACUGUGUCGAGCUGCUCCUGCGGCACGGAGCCAGCCCGAACGUAGCCAGCUACGCCUGCCAGCUGCCCAUCCACAGAGCUGCAUAUGAGGGACACACACUAGUCCUGAGGACUCUCAUCCCCAUCACUGCAAAGAGAGCUAUCCGUCUCUCGGGCCAGAACCCCGUCCACUCAGCAGCUGAUGGGGGACAGGUCGAGUGUCUGGAGCUGCUUCUCCAGAACGGAUAUGACGUCAACGCCUUGCUGGGCACACACAUCUCUGAGAACUACGGGGACCUCAGAAAGACUCCUCUGUACUUUGCUGUUUCCAACGGUGAUGCAACCUGUGCCGAGAUGCUGCUGGCAGCUGGAGCGAGCACUGACCUGGACCCACUGCAAUGCAUCCUGGUCGCUAUACGCGCUGAGAGGCAUCAACUGGUCCAGCUGCUGCUGUCCUACGGAGCAGAGGUGAAUUGUUACUUCAGAGUGAUCACCAACACGAUGUUCCCCACUGCCCUGCAGUACAGCCUGAGGGACCCGGUCAUGCUGCGACUGCUCCUCAACAGUGGAUAUCAAGCUUACAGGUGCUUCCAUUGUUUCCAUGGUGAGAGUGAAGAAAUGGAUGGUACCUGGAUUGACCUCCAUAACCAAGCCUACCAGAUUUACAGUGAACCUGACGUCAUCUCAUUCUGUGAGUUUGUAUCAGUGUCGUGGCUCACACAUCUGAUCGGCGGUGUUGUAAGGAUGCUCCUGGAGUACGUCAGCCACGUCGACAUCUGUCCCAUCCUCAAACGAGUCCUGGAGAAGACGCCCGAGUGGGACGAGAUUUCUGACACACUGAGCAAGCCACGUCCUCUGCAGCAGUUGUGUCGACUGGUAAUCAGAGGUCACAUGAGCCUCAGGGUGCUGAAUGACCCUAAAGCCGUGGCUGCUGUCCCUUAUCCUCUGAGACUGAAGAACUACCUGACCUACAGAGAGUCCUCUACGUGAAACACAUGUUCCUUUAUUCCUGUGUGAUUGAAACACUAAUUGUAAAAAUAGCCGAUGGGAAUAUAUUUGCCCUCAAAAUCCUUUUGUAUUUCAUUUGUUAAGUUUUAUAUAUUAUGAGCUGGAGUGCCUUGCAGUGUGACUAUGUCUACCAUUUAUUUUAAGUGUCACAAAAGAAGAUUCAUAUUUCCUCCUUGGCAUUCAAAUAUCUCUUUUCUUGUUUUGCAUUGACACGUCCUGAUACUAUGUCCCUUUUUCUAAUAAAUAUUGAGACAAUAA